CUCGACCGGGAGUGGGCGUUUAUUGUAGCUUCACUGAUUCAAACUCGAGGACAAGUCACUUCUUUGCGAAUUUCGAAUCAAAGCAAAAGGCGCUUGCGAGCUUGUCCGGUUUUGGUCUCUCCUUGACGUUUGAACUCUGGCUCCAUAGAACACAAUGCGUCAACAAUUCCUCCUCUCGCUGCUCUUCGCCCUCCUGGGCACAGUCUCGGCGCAGUUCAACUUCUUCGAGCAGAUGUUCGGGGGCCAGGGCGGUGGUGGCGGAGAAGGACAUCACCACCAACACCACCAACAACAACAGAACGCGCCCUCCGAUUCUGCUUGGUACAGGGCACAGGUUGACAGAGCGCACUGCGAAAACUACCUCUGCCCAGACACGCUGGCGUGCGUGCACUUCCCACACCACUGCCCCUGCGCAUGGCCUAGCCACGAGGACAAGUUCGAGUUGGCAGACGGGCAGCGCAUCUGUAUUUCAAGGGGAGGGUUCAAGGCUGGGGAGGCGGCUAGGAAGGUCGAGCUGGCCAGGAAGGGAUUGCUGUGAACCAAGGUGGCCUGCCUUGUCCAUCAACGGAGCAGAGCAUCCGUCACGGUCCGGUACGAGAAGCGAAUAUUUACAGACAAAUCCAAUUCAGCGAGAUUAGAGAACACAAUACGAUAUGCAGUCAAGAACGUCGCUGGAGGAAACAUGCUCUUGUCAGAGAUGUCAUGGAUUACUUGUGACCUGACUAUGUCUUGAUACCAAGUCCCAACUGCGCGAUCCUGCAACAUUCGUGGUAUGUGCGACAAAAGGGAAACCAAAGAAGUGAGCUGCGACAAAAGUGAUUAUGACUCCUCGAAAACGCCCUUGACCAGUGUGUCCUGCUAUGUUACCGCUGUGCCUCCCUUCCUCCCCUCCACUGCUCGGCCCCAUUCUGUGACAAGCAUGACAACACAAAGAUGAAGUCAGCCGUAAAGACUGUGUCGCUGUGAAACGUUCGACAGCACUUUCGGUAGCGUCCACUUCAAGCCAGUAGAAAGAUAGCCUUGGAUCGCUGUUCUGGUAUUGGAAAACCCGACAAUCUCCAGUACCGUGAUUCCAAAAGAUGUCCAGUUUCCAGCUUCCCCAUCGGCCUGCCCCGUCUACGCUGACGGGCCGUUAAUAUUAGACGGCAACGGAGGCAUAGGCGGGACAGCAGCACCAUUAGACGCGCCUCCCUCCUCGUCGCUAUCAUCCUCGUCUUCGGCUGCGAGGGUGUCGAUCUCCUCGGGGUGGCCGAGGGUGUGGACGACCGAGGUCAUCUUGUAGUGCUUCUUCCGCAUCUCCUCGAAACGGCGGUGCUUCUCGGCCUCCUCGGGCGAGAGGCCCACCUCGUCCUGCGCGCCGGUGGCGCCGUCGAUGUGCACGGCGCUGCCGCUGCCGCUGCGGUGCUGCUGCCGCUUCAGCUCGACCUCGUCGGCGGGCACAUCCGGGACGGCCUCCUCCGGCUCACCCAGCGACAGGCCCGGGAUGUCGUCCUCGUUCUGGGCCCGGCCGCUGGCGUGGUGGCUGCCCUCCUUGCGCUUCCUGCUGUUGAUGGCGCCGGCGCCACCGGGGGCGGCGUUGAUGUCGUCAUCGUCGCUCGGGUCCUCGGCUGGGUCGUAGUGCUUCGCGUACGGCGUCUUGGGCUCCGUGAUCUUCAUGGUGCUGGUGCGCUCCUGCUCGGUGAGGUACAGGUUCGCCUCGUCCCACUUGAUGCGCGGGUCGGCCUCCUCGGAGGGGUCGGUGACGGAGGGGGUGCGCGAGCUCUGGCGCCGCGAGCCAACGGGCCUGGCGGCGGAGGAGGAGCGGCGGUGGCCUGCGUUGAUCUGGGUGUUUUGGAUGGUGACCUCUUUCUCGCUCAUGGGGUGGUCUUCAGUGGAGUCGAUGGCAUGGCUGUUUGAAGCGGCGGCGGUGGGGGAGAUGGGCGGCGAGCGACCGUGGUAGGAGUUCUUGAGGAUGCCCUUUGGGCGCUUGGCGUUGGGAGGAGGAGGGGAAUGCGAGACGGCAUCGGUGAUCUCGACGACCUCAGCCAUGGCUGCGUUUGGGGUUGAAAUGCUUGUUUUGUGGUGCUCUGUGGGGAAAGAGUAUGACGAUGGAGAGAAUGUGGCGGGCUCUUUCUGUUGUGCGAUGUGCCGUGGGCGGUGUUUGGCGUAUCGUGUGAUGUUUUUGUUGUGUUGUUUUUGAAGUGAUGUCAAAGGAUAACAAUGACGAUGGCUGGAUUGCCCCUGGGGGGGGUAAAGGUGGUGUGGGCUGGCCGGCCUGCUUGCGAGCUUGAACGGCAGGCCUAGAUAGAUACACAGUAGGUUCGGUGGGGUUCUUUUUGAAGUGGGGCUACACAGUAGGUGGUGCGGGGGACAUCUAAAGGACCAGCUUCUUGGAACUCGCUCGAGCCCAAGCUUGUGGAACUCGGCGGGACUUAUUGUGGUUCACAG